GAAAAGCAUAAAUAAACUAAACUGAAAUAUAGCCUGGAUGCAUUAUAAACAGGCCAAAAUAUCCCAAGUUUCAUUACCACGUGGAGUUCUUUCAGCUCAUAAAUUUACACUUUGGUCGCCCAUUGAUUGAUUAUAGGGGAGACAGUUUUUUUGUCAUUCAAAUAAAAACCAUCAUUGGCUUUGUUUCUUUAAGACAAAUGUGCAAUUUCGGAUUUAAUUGAAGUAAAGGAAAGUACUUCACCAAAUGCGUUAUAAUAUACCACGCGAUGCAUCUUAAAAAUAUUAUUUUGGGUUCAUUAUGGUGUAUCUUAUAUCUCAAUUUACCUCUUUACACAAUGGACUCUCCGAAAAUGGUAUUACUACGCACUAUCCUCUCGCAGUACAUCCCUUCUUUUUUUCUACAUGAUAUAUAGUACAUCACAAUUACGUAAAAUUUGAACCGUGAACAGUAAAACUUACUAGUGACAUUUGUAUAGGCAAUGUUUAUUAUGUCUUUCAGAGCCGCCAAUAAUGUUUAGGGUGUAUGUCGGUAAUUUGAACCCGGAGGUCGAUGAAGGAACGCUGCGUGGCCUGUUCGAAGAACGAGGAGUACAGACAGGCAACAUAUUGGUGAAGAGAAAAUACGCGUUUGUCGACUGUCCAGACCAGGAAAACGUCGAUAGGGCCAUCGAAAGUUUAAACGGAUACAGUUUAAUGGGCUCCAACAUGCAGGUGGAACCAUCAAUGUCCAGACGAAGGUCCAACAAGCUACAAGUCAAAAACCUGCCACAACUAUCCAGGGAUGAGUUAGAGAGUUUUCUUGGAAGCUUCGCCAAUUUGGAGAAGGUUGAGCAAGCUGGAGCUGAAGGCCUGGUCUAUGUACAGUACAGCAAUGCGGAUGAAGCACAAACAGCAUACAAUCACAUCAAUGGAUAUGAUUGGAGUGGAAUAUUAUUAAAAGCCGACUUUGCCAGUAACAGAACCCGUAAAUCAAUACGUGAGCCAAAUAUGUCUAACUCAGGUGGCGGUGGAGGAGGUGGUGGCCCCAACAGCGGUGGCCCAGGCCGUCAAGUGGAGAUGCCAUUACGUAUACUUGUAGGCAGUGAAUUUAUUGGUGCCAUCAUUGGUAAGCAGGGACAGACCAUUCACAACAUUACCUCACAAACCAAAGCAAGAGUGGAUAUCCAUCGCAGGGAUGGUCAGGCAGUAUCAACUGAAACGCCUAUCACAAUAAAGGGAAGUCCUGAAAGCAGUUCAGAAGCAUGUAAAGAAAUGAUGACAAUUGUUCAAACAGAAGCCCAGAAAUACAACAAAGGGGAUUACCCAUUCAAAAUUCUAUGUCCAAAUCAUUUAUGUGGGCGUAUCAUUGGAAAACAAGGCAACGUCAUAAAAAACUUCAUGGACAAGACAAACACCCAUAUAGUUGUAUCCAGCGUGGCCGAUGCAAAUAACAUGUAUGUGGACCGGGUCGUCACUGUCACUGGGUCAGUUGAAAACGCGAGUCAGGCAGAGAGCCUGUUGUCUGACAAAAUGAGGAAGUGCUUCGAUCAAGACCAACAUGGAUAUAUGGGUCAAAUCAGCAUGUUUGGUGGAAUGCCACCCAUGGCUCCAGGAAUGAUGCCAGGCUUCAGCAAUUAUCAGGCAGUACGGCCACCUUUUGGACACUACCCUCCACCCAUGCAGCAAGAGGGCUACUACCCUGGAAAUAUGGCCUACGGAGGCGGUGCACCACCCAUGCCACCCCCAGAACUGGAGGUGACAUACCUAUACGUCCCAGAGAACACUGUCGGGUCAAUAAUCGGUAGCAAGGGUGCCAAUAUCAAGGAUAUCAGCAAGUCUACAGGAGCAAGAGUCAAGAUUAUCCAGCCGAGCUCAAAGGAGCCCAAUGGUGAGAGGAAUGGGCAAAAUAUCCAAGAGAGGCGUUGUAUCGUCACAGGAUCUCCGGAAGCCCAGUUUCAGGCACAUUUUCAGAUUUUCGACCGCAUCAAGAAGGAGGGAGGCUUUUCAAGAAUGGAGGACGUUCACCUGAGAUCAGAAAUCAUGGUACCAAAGGGCAUGAUAGGACGUAUAAUUGGAAAGGGAGGUCAAAAUGUCCGUGAGAUACAGCGAGUAAGUGGUGCUAUUGUUAACCUGCCAGAACUUAACAAUCAAAAUCCCUCGGAAGAUGGUGAGGUGCCCGUCUCCAUCAUCGGCCAUUUCCAAGCCAUGCAGGCAGCCCAGCGACGUGUACGGCAGCUAGUAUCCAACUCGUCAAUUCCACCAAAACGCAGGCCUAGUCAGCGAGAGCAGAAUGGCAAACAACAGAUGUAAGCGGAGCUGCUCAGGAGUGAACUUUGACCCCAGACCAUCGGGGUCGGGACAGGAAAUGUGUAACACCAGAACAAGUUGGCUGCGAAAUGAUCAAAUUCUUUCCUUACUUUUUAUCUUGAUCUUAAAAAAAAGUCCUUUAAGCUGCUCUCAUUCUCUCCCAGUGUUUCAUGUCAAAUGUUUUGACAUGGGUUACCCAAACGUCCUUUGUUAUGUCAAAGGCAUCAAAAUAAUUCACUGCAUUCUAUUAGAUCUUUUCUUGCUCAGAAAUGAGUGGGUAUUUCGUGUGACCAACUUGGAGGUUUGCGGUAGGAUGAGAGAGAUAUAUUUAUUAUACCUAGUGUAUUAAGUUGGAACAAAUUUUAGACCAUUGUUGAUGUUUUCAAAUAUGCUAUGGUCUUUUUUUGUAAUAAAAUUUAUUUUUGAUACUUGUUGAGGAUUUUUUGUUAGAAUUUUUAUGACCUGUUUAAUAUGGGCAUUUUUAUUUGUCCGAUUAAUAUUAUUAAAGAGGAAAAUAGAAAAAAAAAUAACAAAAACUGAACCACUUUCAGCAAUUAAGCCAAUUCUAAAUCAGGUCUCAAAAACGUUUUGCCCGCAUAUUGAUUGUUCAUUAUAUAUUUUUAAGUGUCUGCUUGACUUCUUCGCUUCCAAAUGUUUUAUCGGAGAGCGCAAUGUUUAGUUAUAUGUGAUGAAGGUCACAGCAGCCUGGGCGUUGCAUCUCUCCGUCUGUUGUUAUAUUGUUCUCAGUGCUAUAAAUACUCGUUGGGAGCGAGGCAGCCAGGCACACACUCUGGGAAAGUGGACAAAAUGGAAAUGGGCAUUUCAGUAUUAAGCUAUAAUGAACUUGCAUGCUGCAAAUAUAGGUCCUCCUCAACUUGUAAUUAAACAUGUCGUAACCAAUUUCUUUUUCCAAUAGAGAUUUUAAGUUAUGAUUUAAAAGGGCAGGGAUAAUAAUACGGAUACUAUUGAUAUAUUGCGAGUCCCCUCGUGUGGGGUAUAAAUUGAAGAGCAGGGGCAAGUAAUGAUCAUUUCCCCCCCUCUGCAAGAUAUUUCCUCCAAGUAAUUUCAACUUAAUUCAAAAGAUGGCAGUACCAUUUUGAUGCCUUUUCUUGAAAGGUUCAAAUAGACAACAUGCAAGCGAAUUGCAUCGUUAAAGGAUACCUGUCAUCACCUGGUCCUAAUAUCACGGGAGAUAAUGUGGACACUUGAUAACUACAUCUAGAUAUGGAAAGAUUUAGCAAAAAUUCAUCCAUUUUUUGUUUUUGUUUUUACCAACGUGUAUGUAUUGUCAAAACAAUCAUUUAUAAAUUGACAUCUCGUGUAAAAACCGAUCUAUAUAUAAUAUACAUUGAAGCAUUUUGUAUCUUAUCAAUUUUUUUUCCUUUUCGUUGUUGAAUUAAAUUCUUGCAAAUGAUAUGUGCAGAAGGUGGUAAAUUAAUAUUGAAUGAUGUUAUAUGUGUAACAGUUGGUGAUUCAAAUUUAGGUAAAAAUAUUUAAAAAACAAAAAAAAAUUGAAAUGACUGCAAAAAAAAAUAUUUGACAUCCGUAAACUUUUUGUUUUCACAAUUUUGUGUUUAAAAUCUUCAAGAGUAAAGUCAAUGUUUGAAGUUCACUGUUUUUACCAUUUAUGGUAGUUGGGUUAUAAAAUAUUGUGCUAGUUUUCAUUCAGAGUGAAUUGUUGUCAAUUAUAUAAUACCUGUUUCAUUUUAGUAUGGAUAUUACACUAUUGCAAAGAGCCAAGUCUUGGACCCUGUGUACUUAUAUAACCUUUUUUAUGUACCCUUUUGUGACCACUCUCCAACCACUGAUUCCCCCCCCCCACCCCUUUUAUACAUGUACCCGUAUAGCAAGAUGACUUCUUUUUUUUUUGGUCAAAUCUUAAAAAAAUUAAGCCAACCUGUUGAUAAGUAGAACUGAUAUACAAAAUGAACUAUUCCACGAAAUGCCCGUAAUUUUUCGUACCAUUGUGACUGCUAUGGUGUGGCCAGUACGGAUAUAUAUAACCCAUUUGCCUAGUUAGUCACAAACUGUGAGGUGCAGAAGUUGCGGGCAUUUAUAGAGCAGCAUUCUAGCUUGGUGUUUCUAUGAUGAAGACGGCCACGCCAGACAGGGCACACAGUUCAUGUCAACUACCUCAUUACCCACGAGGAUUGAUUUGCAUUACCAUUUUACCACUUUAAAUUGUAUGUGUUUGUGAUGUUCAAGACUUGGCUCGCCUCGCCAGCUUUGACCGGGCAUUUCUUUGUUGAUGACGUAAUAUGCAAUGUAGACAUUGUCAAAUCAUAUAACCUUUUAUGACUGUAGUUUCUGCUUAGUAUGAAAUAUGGAAAAUACCAAUAGAAGUUGUUUUUUUUUGCGCCACUAUACACGAAUAAUUAUUGUCAAAUGUAUAGUUAAAUUUUUGAGAACUUUUUUGAGUUGAUCUGUUUUCAUUAUGCAGACUUUGGUACAUAGAGAGCAGUAUUGCAUGUGAUGUAUCCAGUUUUCGGUUCUCACGUUUUUCUUUUCUCCUUUGCCGAGAUGUUUUGUGUACAUGAUAAGAUGUUAAAUCUUCUUACCUUAUAACAACAUGACAGGGAUGACUGUUGACCUCACAACAGAAUUAACUUCACUAUCUGCUAAUCAAUACUGAUGCUAGGCAGGCCCGGUACGCAUGUUCAGGUGCGUGCCGAUGCAAGGAAAGGUAUGACCAGCGCACUGUAGCAGACUGACUGACGGGGACAGACAUAAACAAGUGGAUCUAACACUGCUGUAUCUGUUCUUGUCAUUUUGCAAUAUAACUUCUGUUUGUCUCCCUUUUCUACCAGGAAGAUUAAAAAGUAUUCUAGUUUA